AUGAGCAGUAUCACCAGAGUCGUAAAGCCAUUUUCCCUUCUUGGCCAAGAAGUAAAUAUACCCACACUGAUUGAUGAACUGGCCACGAGAUACAACAUCGAUCCAAAAAGUAUCGAGGACAUCUAUCCAUGCACCCCCAUGCAAGAGGGAUUUUUGGCCCUGAGUGCUCGGCAUAAAGGUAGCUACGUUCAUAACAUUAUGAUCGAGCUGGCAGACAAUAUUCGAUUGGAUGAUUUUUGUUCGGCCUGGAAGCAACUAGUCCAAGCAACACCAAUUCUACGGACCCGAUUUGUGCAUCACAAAACACUCGGUUUGCUGCAGAUGCCACUGCGGGAAGAGAUCCACUGGAUACGAAAGGAGGGUAGGGUAGAGGAGAUGGGCGCUGGAGAACUCCCCGUCGAGUUGGGUCAGCCGUUAACGCGCUAUACGAUCGUCAGUGACACGAGUAGGAAUCGGCAUUGGUUUAUAUGGACUCUCCAUCAUUCUGUGAACGAUGGAGGGUCACGAUGGCUGAUAUCUGCCAUGCUCAGCGAUCUCUAUCAUGGUCGCCCCGUGCAUCAGCAGCUCAAGUUUAACACAUUCGUCAAACAUAUCCGGGAACAGGAUUGGGUCCAGGGAAGAAAAUAUUGGAGGGAUUUGUUAGAGGGAGGUGAGCCGAUGGUAUUCCCAUCUCCCCUUGGCGCUGCGCAGACAUUGGAUCAACGUGCCACGACUGAGUGGGAACAUUCCGUGGUGUGGAAUCGCAAGUGGAAGGUCGGGAGAUCAACUUUAGUCUCUGCUGCAUGGGCCCUGACCCUCCAUCGAUUUAACCAGUUCAAGGACAUCGUUUUUGGGACUGUGAUCUCGGGGCGGAGGUCCCAUUUCCGAGAGAUCCAGCACAUCACCGGGCCUACUAUUGCCACGGUCCCUAUACGCUUUCAGAUCCGCAAUGAGGAAUCGGUGGCGCAAUAUCUGGCUCAAGCACAUGAGCAGGCCGUACAGAGAGUUCCGUACGAGCAGAUGGGCAUGCAGAAUAUUGCCCAAGUCAGUGAGGAUGCUCAUCAAGCGUGCGGAUUUCAUAACCUGCUGGUUGUGCAGGCCUGGGGGAAUUCCUGGUAUCCAGACGAGAGAAUUGGAAUAUGCCAUACGUCGCCAGUGGAUCUUGCUCCAGUAGCGUACCAAUUCGCUGUACAGUGCUUUCUGGGGCCUGACAGAGUCCGUCUUCAUGCCAAUUUUAGCACUCAAUACUUCGACGUGCCCGAGGUUAAUCGUAUGUUGGACCAUCUUGGCUUCACUUUGAACCAGAUUAUGGAAAGUAACCCAGAUGAUUUAAUCGCGAGAAUCAACUGCUUGCCUUCUAAAGACUUUGACCAGCUGUGGAAAUGGAAUGCUGCAGUGCCUACACCCGUCGACAAGUGUGUUGACCGACUCAUUACAACACGCGCCUUGCAGCAAGCAGAAGCUAUAGCCGUCAGUGCCUGGGACGGCAUAUUGACCUAUGGAGACCUGGAUCGCUGGUCGACGCAGUUGGCAAAUUACCUGACUGGACUUGGAGUGCAAAAUGGCACGGUUGUGCCCUUGUAUUUCCGAAAGUCGCUGCAGAUGCCCGUGGCGACACUGGGGGUGCUUAAGGCUGGCGGUACUGCUCUGCAGCUGUCUUAUACAGUACCUAUCGGUCGAAUCAAGACUAUCCUCAGCACAGUCAGCUCGAAGUUUGCUCUGGCCUCUCCGAUUGAGAGAACCAAGCUUUGUGAUAGCAUAACAACUCACACAAUCCCACCCUUGGACCCUAAUGUGUCUGUAUCAUCCAAGUGGCAGGUCCCUCAUCAGUCCUCACCUGAGCUCCCAGCAUUCAUUCUCUUCACUUCUGGAAGUACUGGAACCCCAAAGGGCAUUGUAUGGAGCCACCAAGCCCUGUCGAGCAAUGUAAAUGUGAUCGCCUCCACUUUUGCUCUCGGUCCGCAAACUCGUAUGUUCCAGUUUGCAUCUUAUGACUUUGAUGUCAGUAUUCUAGACACAUAUUCAACUCUGGUCAGGGGUGGCUGCCUGUACAUUCCGGAUGAGGAGGAGCGUGUAGGUAACCUUCCGAAGGCCAUGGCAACAUCCCAGGUCAAUUGUGUCUUUCUCACCCCAUCUGUGGCUGAAGGUCUGUCACCAAGCUCAGUUCCAAGUCUGCAGACCUUGGCUCUCUCUGGCGAGAAUCUGCGCGCUGAAGUGGCGUCUCGAUGGCUAGGGAAGGUACGGGUGUUGGCUAAUUGGUACGGGCCUGCCGAAGCUCCCGCUGCGACGAUAUCCUUCAUCGGCGAGGCUGACUGGGCUUCUGGCACAAUUGGAUCAUCCUGGGGCGGUGUGUGUUGGGUGGUGGAUCCAAACGACCCUGAUGUCUUACUUCCCAUCGGUGCUGUAGGUGAGCUCCUGGUAGAAGGACCAAUUAUCACUGAUGGAUAUAUCGGUGUGGAAGCAUCCAUUGCAGAGAAGUCGUUUGUGACACCCCGAUGGCUACAACGAGGGCAUUCGGAUUAUUGUUCGGGACAAUCUCACAGGAUGUAUCGGACGGGCGACCUGGUGCGAUAUAAUCCCAAUGGGACGCUGAUGUUUCUGGGGCGAAAAGACGGCCAGGUGAAGAUUCGCGGACAGCGUGUCGAGAUCGGGGAGAUCGAACACCAAGUCCAACGCCUUCUAGGAGAGCGGGGAUCUGGCAUUUCUGUAAUUGUUGAUGUGAUCACGCCGAAAAAUAGUAGUGAUUCCACUCUUGUCGUGUUCCUGGCUAUGGGGGAGGAAGCCAAUGGACAGGUCGAAGCUGUGCGCAUAGCCCUCGAACGACGGACACGGGGGCUGAAUGACAGCCUAUAUACCCAGCUGCCUCGGUAUAUGGUACCCAGCUACUACAUCCCCGUAUCGCAAAUCCCCAUGACAGCGACGGGUAAAACUAACCGUCGACGACUUCACGAUAUCGGCGAGCAAUUGACUCUUGAGCAGCUAGCAGAGCUACAGCCUAGUCGCGGCAUCAAGCGCAUGGCCACGACGACCAUGGAAUACAAGCUGCAGAAACUGUGGGCAUCGGCACUUAAGUUUGAGCCCAGUCAAAUCAGCGCAAAUGACAACUUCUUUUCACUGGGGGGCAACUCGAUUGCUGCAAUGCAGGUUGCUGCCCUGGCCCGGGAUGAGGGAGUGAAUCUUUCUGCUGCAGACAUGUUUGAGCAACAAGACCUGGGCCAUUUGGCGACUUUCCUGGAAGGGAAAAUCGCAGUUCAACAAUCUAAAUUGCCUAAUCAGCCUUUUUCCUUGGCCGCGUCGGAUAUUCUGUCUUCAUUGGACAUAGAUGCAGUGGAGGAUGUUCUUCCCGUCACAGGGCCGCAAGUCGUUAGCCUGACGCAGCGGAGUCUUCUCUGCUGUUCCUUCACUAUUAAUGGGGAAGUGGACAUUGGCCGACUGAAGGCAGCUUGGAAAUGGGUCGUCCAAAGGCACAGCAUCCUGCGCACAGUGUUCAUUGAGCAUCAAGGACGAUUCUACCAGGUAAUACGCAAGUCUGUGGAUGUUCCUUUUCUCCACAUCCAGUCCGCUGAGUCUUUGGACACUGUCUGUGAAAGUAUCUCCAACGUGGAUAUCCACGAACCACCUGUCUCAGGGAAACCCCUUGUCAAGCUUACCUUGGUUUCCCAAAACACCCGGAAACACGUCCUGAUAGUGCGACUUUCCCACACGCAGUAUGAUGGGCAUUGUCUCCCUAUCUUAUUCAAAGACCUGUCGUUGGCUUACAACGAAGAUGUUUCGUCGGUGGCGCCUGCACCAUAUUUCUCGGACUAUGUUUACUACUGCAACAACGUGUCUGGACAGUCGGCAUUUGACUUCUGGCGAAGAUACCUUCAGGGCUCAUUCGUGACAGCUAUGCCUCCUUCCAAUUUGGCACUCACUGACAAGCCCGCUGAGGUCAGAGCAUCAUUUGCGGGAAAACACCCCCCCAGCCUGCCCAAUAUCACGUUCCCCACGUUGGUAAACGCGGCACUGUGUUUUAUUCUGGCCGAACUGGUCACUAAAGACGACAUCCUCUUUGGCAUGAUAAUAAAUACCCGUGACAUCCCAUUGACUGGCAUCUGGGAAACCAUGGGCCAGUGCACUAAUAUCAUCCCGCUUCGGGCUCGACUGAGUCCACACAUGACAGUUCAAGGGCUCUGUCACUCUCUGCAAGACCAGUUUGUUCAGGUAUACCGGCACGCACUUGUUAAUUGGCCAGAUAUUAUCAGCAGUAGUACGAGCUGGCCUAAAAAUACGCGAAUCGGCUGCAUGAUCAAUCAUUUGACGAGUGGCAAUGUUAUUGACUCUACUCUCUCUCUUAAUGGUGCAAGCGUUUCAAGCUCAUCAAUGUCUGCGCGGAAAGAUCUGACCGACCAAGUGAUUUUUCGUUCACUGAUGAUGGGUAACAGAUGGGAAGUUCAGGUCCUGACUUCAACCACUGUUAUGGAUACGACGGGUGCAAGCUUGCUGGCAAAGAGGCUGUAUGAUGUUGUCAGUGUCUUUUCUCAGUCCCCACAAGGGUCAAUUAAGAUAGGGAGGUGGGCGGGAACAGAAAGUAACACGCAAAAACUGCCCAUCACGGCAAAAAUAUGA